AUGGGCUCCCCAACAACAACACCUAUAUUUGGUUUCUGUUCUUCGAAAACCAUCCGCAGAAUCUUACCGACAUGCUUGAUACUACUGUUGUUGACGUUAUGUCUAUCUUCUGCUGGCUCGUUCGGCGACUUCAGUGCUGAAGUGUCAUACCACGCAACUUUGGGGACCGGGAGAUUUCCGCAAAAGAUAUGGCAGACUUGGAAGGUCGAUCCACUGGGCUUCGAGGAAAGAGACUUGACAGUGGCACGUACUUGGACGCUGAAGAAUCCAAACCACCGAUAUGAAGUGUUGACCGACCAAAAUGAUCUGUAUUAUGUGGAAACGCAUUACGGCCCUGGGGGGUUGAACCGUCUCGAUAUUGUUCACACGUACAGGUCGCUUACUGCCAAGAUCGUCAAGGCCGAUCUCUUGCGAUACCUGGUGAUGUAUGCUGAAGGGGGCGUAUACACAGAUAUCGACGUCGAAGCCCUGAAGCCCAUUGAUCGGUUCAUUCCAGUGCGAUACAACGAAAAGGACAUCGACAUGGUUAUUGGCAUCGAGGUUGACCAGCCAGAGUUCAAGAACCACAGCAUAUUGGGAGGAAAAUGUGAGUCCUUUUGUCAGUGGACGUUUAUGUGCAAACCCAGACUUCCCGUCAUGAUGAAGCUCAUUGACCACAUCUUGAACUGGCUCAACGAAGUCGCCGCGAAACAAGGCGUACCGAUGUCUGAGAUUCAGCUUGACUUCGAUGAGGUGAUCAGCGGUACGGGUCCGUCCGCUUUCACGAAAGCGGUGCUGGCGGAGAUGGCUAGUCGAAGCGGUGAGGAGGUUCAGUGGGAGAACUUUCACAACUUGGGGGAAUCCAAGCUUGUGGGCGGCAUCCUAGUUCUCACCGUGGAAGCCUUUGCAGCGGGACAGGGACACUCAGAGUCUGGUAAUCACAAUGCUAAGACCGCUUUGGUCAAGCAUCAUUACCAUGCGUCCGGGUGGCCGGCCACACAUCCUCGGUACAAACAUCCUGUGUACGGAGAGGUUGAAAAGUGUAACUGGGACCCCGAGUGUGUCAAACAGUGGGACGUCAACACCGCCGCAUUCGAGGCCUUGGCCCCAGAAGAGCAAGCAAAACAAAUCGCGAUAAAAGAGGCGGCUGAUGCAACGCAAAUUCCUAGUUAA